AUGCAAUUCGUUUCCAAUCUCCUUGUUUGCGCUAUUGCUCUUGCAACCUAUGCUUCAGCUGCUCGUAUUGGCUCCUUCAAUUUACAUCAGUAUGGAAGCAAAAAGGCAGCUAAUGCUGAUUUAACCAAUACCGUUGCUCAAAUCAUCAGCGAUUUCGAUUUAGCUAUCAUUCAAGAAAUUAGUGAUGUUUCAUUGAGAGCUCCAUAUGUUCUUUUCGAAGAACUCAACAAAGUUUCACAAGAACCAUACACUAUGACAUUGAGUCCACGUGUUGGCCGUUCAGCAACAAAGGAACAAUACAUUUUCUUCAAUCGUGAAAGUCAAUCCGGUGUUGAAAUUGUCGAAUCGUACAUCUACGAUGAUACCAAAGACUUAUUCGAACGACCACCCUUCAUUGGUACAUUCAAAGUAAAAAACCCAGGCAAAUCUGGCGUGAAAUUAUUCACAAUUAUGGAUGUUCAUCUCCGACCUAGUGCUGCUUACAGAGAAUUACUUGAUAUGCGUACAGUCAUCGAAGAUUUUAUCCAAAUUCAUCCACAAUAUUUUGAUCAAACACCAACAUCCCUUCAAGAAGCUUUAGAUCAAAAUGUUGAAAAUGCCACCGCUGGUAACAAGCCAAGUUUGAAAACCAAUCAUCCUAUCUUAAUCGUCGGUGAUUUCAAUGCUGAUUGCUCAUACAUUUCCACCAAACGUCAACAACUCCUCCGAACAAUCGAUUAUGUUGACUUCACCUGGGCUAUCAACAACGAAGUUAAAACCAACACUCGUCAAACAUGCACAUACGAUCGUAUCCUCAUCAACGGUGCCAACUUUGCCAAUGCUAUCGUUCCCAAGAGUAACACAACAGUUAACAUUCAAGAGAAAUUCGGCAUGUCAUUGGAAGAAGCUUUGGAUGUUAGUGACCAUAUUCCAAUUAAAUUCGAUAUCGAAUGGUAA